AUGGUAGCUUACCUGUCUGAAAUGCAAUCUACAAUUACUAAUUUGAAUAAAUUGCAAUUGGUGACAAUUAUUUUAGGAAAAGCUGCAGCCAAUGAACAGCUGAAAGAAGAAUUAGAAGGUAUUAUUGGUGGACUAACUGAGUAUUUGAAUAAUGUCAAACAACAAGCAACUAGGCAGAGGGAGGAUUAUGAUGACUUACAGAGGGAGAAAGACACCUUAAUGGAACAGCUGCAUCAACUGGAAGCAGAGAAGAGCAUGAUGAGAUAUGAAGUAGAAGAGAGAGAGAAGCUACAAAAGAGAAUAGAUGACCUUGAAAAGUCUUUGGGUGAAGCUCAAACUCUGAAUGAAUCACUGCGAGAUACACAGAAUGAAUUAUCUCAGCGUCCUGAUCCAGAAAUUGAGGCUAAAAUGAAAGCAGCAUUGAAAGAAGCGGAUAAAUUACGACUUGCUCUUGAAGAGGAACAGAGGAAAGCACAGGUUUUGAUCAAAAUGUUUAAAAACUAUGGAAAUGAUUAUGUGGGUUUAUUUCGUGAAAGGCAACAAAAAGACGUGAUUUGCUUCAAAUACGCUGUGUCAUGCAGAAAAUGA